AAUGUCUCGACUUGGCUACCUAUAUAUAGAGUCAUAAGCAAAAUGGAAAUGGAACAUUUAAGUCCAAUUAGCUUCCGAGUUAAGAUGUACCACGCAGUUUUUUUCCUUUUUUUGACUUACCUCGGCGAAUUCGCAGCGGAAAGCAGUACCGAAUUUCGCGACCGAAGGCCACCUUUCAUAACAUACUGGAACCUACCCACAUUUCAGUGUGCCAGAUACAAGCUCGGCUUCGACGAGCUGGCCAUGAAGUACAACAUCAUCCAGAACAAGAACGACACAUUCCGCGGUGACCGAAUCGCUCUCCUUUACGAUCCAGGACUAUUCCCGGCGAUCCUACCGACCGACGAGCUGAAGAACGGCGGCGUUCCCCAAGAGGGCGACCUGGCGAGACAUCUUCGCGCUUUCGAGGAGGACAUCGCUCGCCUGAUUCCCGACGCGAACUUCGCAGGCUUGGGCAUAAUCGACUUUGAGGAUUGGCGCCCGAUUUAUCGGCAGAACUUCGGCACCCUCGCGAAGUACAAGGAUCUCUCCGAGAAGAUCGAGCGGCAGAGGCACUGGUUUUGGUCCGAUGCGCGAAUUAAGGCCGAGGCGGCGAGGAGGUUUGAGGAGUCUGCGCGCGCGUUUAUGGAGGGGACAUUGAAGAUGGCCCAGAGGUUGAGGCCGCGAGCCUCUUGGGGCUACUACGGAUUUCCCCACUGUUUUAACAACGACAUGGAGGAGAGGUGCGCCCCUAACGUUCAAAGUGAAAAUGACAGAAUAAAAUGGUUGUUUGCGACAAGCGACACCCUCAACCCAUCGCUGUACCUCAGACAAGCAUUUUUCACGCCCACUCAGCGGGUGCAGUUUAUCAAAGGACGAGUUCGGGAAGCUCAACGGAUAGCCAAAACUCUGAAUACGCAAAAGGAGCGCGCCAUUAUCCCAUAUUACACGGUGAUACAUCCGGAUACGGAUCGGUUCCUAUCCGAGAGAGACGUGGUGAAUUCAAUUUCGACCUUGAGAGAGUUGCAAGUUGAUGGCUUAAUUGUUUGGGGUUCUAGUAAGCAUGUAAAUACGCAACAGAAGUGCGAAGACUUGUAUACAUUUAUUGAUACCGUUUUCGGUCCAGCCUUAAAUAAAUAGAACUAAUAA